AUGACUUGUCAAACUUCAUCAAUAUAUCAUAAAAAGAAGGAAGAUUCUUCUUCUUCUUCUUCUUCUGGACAACAAUUCAUUUUUAAGAAACCAAUUUAUAAUCAUCAUUAUCAUCAAACUCAUUAUCAUCAUCAUUUAGAACGUCAUGAUAGUUUCUUUCAAGAUAUGAAACAAUUCUUUUUUAAAUCUAAAUCAAAUCAUUCAAAAUCUACAACAAGUCAUAGUUCUUUUGGAAAUGAAUUUAAUAAAGAUUUAGAAUCUCGUUAUGGUACUUGGGGUACAUUUGUGGGUAAAGGAUCUGGAGGAUCAGUUCGGAUCAUCCGAAGAGCAAUAGAUAAUAAAGUAUUUGCAGUCAAACAAUUCCGAAAACGGAGACCACAGGAAUCGGAGCGUGAAUAUGUCAAGAAAGUGACAGCUGAAUUUUGUAUUGGAUCUACACUUCAUCAUGAUAAUAUCAUUGAAACAUUGGAUAUCAUUCAAGAAGAUGAUCGUUUUUAUGAAAUCAUGGAAUAUGCUCCUUGUGAUUUAUUCUCGGUUGUCAUGAAAACAAAAUUAACUCCUUCUGAAAUUGGUUGUUGUUGGCGACAAUUAUUGAAUGGACUUGCUUAUCUUCAAGACAUGGGCAUUGGUCAUAGGGAUUUGAAAUUGGAUAAUUUGGUGAUGGAUGAACAUCAUAUUAUCAAAAUCAUUGAUUUUGGUACAGCAGUAGUUGUCCGAUCUCCUUUUGAAAACAAAGAACGACUAUGCUCUGGCGUAUGUGGAUCGGAUCCUUACAUUGCACCAGAACAAUAUAGUCAACAAGAAUACAAUGCGUUUGCAGCGGAUAUAUGGUCUUGUGGAAUCAUCUUUGUAUGUAUGGUGCUGCGACGAUUUGCUUGGCGUAUCCCACGACCUCGUCAAGAUGAUAAUUAUCGAAUGUACUUAAAAGAUCAGAACACCUUAUUGGCUUAUAUUCCUCGAUAUGCACGAUCCCUCAUGGCGCAUGUCUUGGACCCCAAUCCCAAUCAACGUUAUUCCUUGUCUCAUCUUUUGGCGGAUCCUUGGGUCUCGUCUCUUGAUGCCUGUACUACUUUAAAACCAAAUGAUCAUCAUCAUCAUCAUCCUUUACCUUUACAUCAUUAAGAGAAUCCAAUUAUAAUUAUAGAUUAUUAUUUAUAUAUCACCUAUUUUGUUUUUACAAAAUAAAAAGAAUUUCUUUGAAUGCAUGAUUAUUAUGAUCGUUUGAUCACAAUCGUUAAGGGGUCAUGAAAAAAAAAGUGGGGGCCAUCGUCAAAAGAAAGAAAAGAAAGGUAUGGAAGGGGUCAUGAAAAAAAAAGAAUAAGAAGGGCCAUCAAAUGGAAAUAAAAAAAAAUGUGGGGGGUCAUGAAAAAAAGGGUUCGUCCUAACACAAGAUCAUGUCAUCAUCAAUGUCUUUUUUUU